AUGGAUGAGAAGCUCAAUUCCGCCUUGCCACCCCGCGUGGGUCAUCUCAAAUCCGGGAUGGGCGAGCAAGGCAUCGACGUCGUUAUCAGCUUCAAACCAGAAAACAGCUUCUAUCUGUCGGGCUUUAACCCAAUCAUUUAUUCAAAACCAAUCAUUGCGAUCAUUACGCGGAACCACGACCCAAUCCUCUUAGUGCACGCCUUGCGCGAUGAGCAUGCCCGCGAUAGUUCCUGGGUGCAAGACAUUCGCUUUUUUGGAGUCUGGGGUACGAGAGAAACUCUUGCACCAACAUGGCAGGAGGCACUGGUUUCGGUUCUCGCUACACUUGGGUUAGCCGGACAGACCAUUGGCAUAGAGGAGGGCUUCAUCACAAUCCAACGUUCCCGCGAGCUCCAACAAAUACUACCGGAUGCUAAAUUCAUCGAUUCCAGCAGCCUGAUCGAACGCUGCCGUAUGGUCAAAGACCCGGAUGAGAUCGAGAAUUCACGAAUCGCAUGCAAAAUUGCCGAUGUUGGUAUGGAGGCGGCGAUCGCAGCUCUCGCUCGCGGAGGAACUGAGCGAGACGCCACCGUCGCGUCCAUGCAUGAGAUGAAUAAAUUUUGGGCGGAAACAUAUAAAGAUGUUGAGGUUUGCGGUUUUGGCUCUUUAGAAGGUGGCCUACACAACGGGCUUUCGACCUGGGUGCUAGCUGGCCAGCACAAGUUCCACAGCUGUGAUAACCCAACUACCUAUAAACCUCAGCCUGGCGAUACGGUGGCCGUUUAUAUCUGGACUGUUGCGAAUGGAAUGCACGCUGAGGUUGAGCGGAUCGUUUGCAUAGGGCAGGUCGCAGAUGUCGAUAAGAAAGCGAUCGAGGCCAUUCUCAAGAUUCGAGCUGAAAUCGAUCCCCUCAUUAAGCCAGGUACACCUAUCAAGGAGCUAUACAACGCAACCCGUAAAUGUUUUGAGACACACGGCUACGGCGCUGAUAUGCCUGGCCGCAUCGGUCAUUCCAUCGGACUUGGGGCCCAUGAGGCUCUCUCGAUUGGUGGCAGUUCCGAGGUCGUGUUGGAGCCGGGUAUGAUUAUAACCAUUGAGCCUAAUAUUGAAAUAGUGGGUGUAUGCGCGACACAGAUCUCUGACACGGUCCUCAUUACUGAGACCGGUCGUGAAUAUUUGACUUGCGCAUCUCCUGGCUAUCUUCAAGUCUGA